CGUUGUUGCGUCUUUCUUCGAGCGGUUUCUUCCGGUCUGAUAAUCAAGCCACUUUACCGAGCCCGUGUGGGCGCGGGCGCGCGCGACUCGGACGAAGAGGAUGGCUGAGCAUCCAUGGCCAGUGUUAGAUUAUCUAUGGCACGCUCAUUGUGCCCGUUCGACUGGCAGCCAAAGCUUUCGCAUGGCCUCCCUCUCUCGCUGUUUCCUACUCCAAUCCCUUGCUAGUGUUCUGCUGCUUGCCACRAUUUCUAAGCGGGUAAAUGGCGCCGCUGUCGAGCGACCGGUCCUCGGCCAAUGGUCUUCGGCUGCCAAUGCUGCAGAGCCGGGAGACAGCCGAGCACGUCUCCUCGCCCAGCAGGUCAKGCGCAGUAUGGCGAUGGUGUCCACCGCGCCGCCUUCCUCGCCACCAGUGUUUGAGCCGGAAGGGAGCAUGACGCUUCUGCAGCCCCAGCUCUUCGUCACAGGCAACCAGAGCGUAGUGCCUCCCAUUGUCGUUCAUACCCCUUCUCCAGACUUUCAGCCGACGGCGUCUGGGUGGGCGUGCAGAUCUAUCAUUCGCGACUUAACGUUUCAUCCUAGCGAUGAUACCCAGAUGUACUUCAUUCUUGACGAGGUCUGUAUAAGUACAAAAGAAGAUGAAGUUCUAAGUCGGCGGUUUUCGAUCCGAAAAGCCGAUCUUGCGCGGGCGCGCCAAGGUUUCAAAAAUAGCUCCGUACUCAGCUAUUGGUGGCGCUAUGGCGCAGGGAACGGGCUGAGUGAAACAUCUGACUUUGUGUGGAGGAAGAAUGUCAAUGACAACAUAUCAAUGGCGCUGGUGUUUGGUCUCGACGUGAACAGAGAAGGAGACCAGCUGGUCACAGUGGCAACUCCGGGUAGUGGGACUCAGUCGAGUGUCGUCUGGCUAUCCACGGCGGCUGGCAAUCGAACGAGCGUGGCCAUAAAUGCGGACAUCGUAUGGAGCGUGGCAUUCAAUCCGAACAAGACGGAACUGUUCAUCUCGGACAUCGCCCGACCCGUUCGGAUUUUGUCGAUGGCGGUCGCAGAGUCCGGGAGACUGGACGCCGGCCUGAAAUUGAACGAAGUCUGUAAUUUCUCCACCGGYGAUCCCAACAUUUCAUUCGUUGGAUUCGACUCAAGUAGCUUUCUGCCGGACGAGAGCUGCCUUUAUUUCGCCGAUUGGGGUUAUAACCGGGUUUGGGCAAUUUAUCCUCGCUCUCCCUCCCCGACGGCCACUCUUGUGGCCGGCUCGGGCCAGAGCGGGUCCGUCGAUGGCGAUGGUCCCAAAUCUCAGUUCGAUAUCGCGGCGAACGCAGUAGCGACACCGGACGGAUGUAACGUCUUCGUUACCGAGCWGGGGAGCGGUUUACUUCGGUGGCUGAAGCUGGACGCGCCCUGCAGCUCGGCGACCAGUGUACAGCCGGUCGCCAGGUACAGUGCCGGCGGGUUGUGGGGAUUGGCGCUUCGGCAGUCCGGCAGCGAACUAAGUCUGUACGUCGGAGCAAACGAUGGGUCCGUGUUCGAGCUGAGAAUCAGCAAUUCGCAGCUUCACUCUUGCGCGCCUCCUCCCCCUUCUGGCCCGUCGCCUUCACGAUCUUCGCCGCUUCCCCCCAGCUCCCGAGGAACUAAUUUAGGUCUUGCGGUCGGGCUGCCCGUGUCGAUCUCAGUCUUCCUGGCGCUUGCCACGUGCCUUAGUGUCCUUGUGUACAGAGCGCGCCGGAAUGGAGGGAAACAGGGGCAGGCUAAACCUGGGCCAAAUACAACAGGGAGCAGAACCGUCGAGAUUGGACGGAGCAGCAACUUCACAACGGAGGGGUGUGGGCGCCACGAGAGCGGGGGAGGAGGUGGGGGACUUCACCCCUUGCAAGUCAGACGAUUCUCGCUGGCAGCUCUGCAGCAUUGCACAGAAAAUUUCAGUAAGAACUACCGUAUCGGGGACAGUGGAGCGUUCGGAGAUGUGUACUGGGGCUCGAUGGACGAUCAGGAUUUGGCCAUCAAGGUGAUGACGGGGGAUCUGACGGAGGGGAAGAGAAGCAUGUUCCUGGCAGAAGUGAACACGUUGAGCAGACUCCAUCAUGCCAAUCUUAUCGGACUGGUGGGAUUCUGUGACGAGGGGAGUCGGUCGAUCUUGGUGUACCCCAACAGCGCAAGGAUUAACAACAAUCACGGCAGAAAUACCGUCACAAACAACAGAGGCAGUACCAAUGGAAGUGCUGGAGUUGGGAGUGGCCAAGAUGACAACAUCGACGGAGGCGAAGAUGACACAUCGACAACGAUGAUGACAAUAACAACAGCAACAGUGACACAUCGACAACGAUGAUGACAAUAACAACAGCAACAGUGACACCGACAACAGCGACAACAACGCUAACCACUGAAAACUCCAUCACAACUGACGGGGGAAAAGGAGUGGGCAACCAUGAAUCUUUGAGGAGAAAGGGCGUCGCCGCACGGGACACGAAAUGAAAAACGAAACGAGUGCAUCUUCCUGCAGAAAAUGGCCAGGUUCAUCGGUUUGCUAUAAAUAGUAACGAGUGUAUUUUGCCACCUUUCCUWGGCAGAUGCACUCGUUUCGUUUUCGUUUCGUGUGCCGUGCGGCGAGACCCAAAGUCUCGCCGUUUCCCAGACUGGCAAUACGAUCUACUAGUACUAUAAUUACCGAUUACAGCAACGAUGAUUAUCCAGAAUGAGAGCAUACUCACACUGGCACAAUCUUAAUUGUAUCUGACCAUAAUUACGGCCCGAUUUGGAGGUACCUGACAGCAAUUACGUUCCCAAAUAAGUAAAGAAGUCCUAGUGUG